GCUUUCAACCUCGGCUUGCAAGAUCAAUAAAGGUCUGUUCUUUAUAAAUGCGCCGCGAAGUACGUACCGAUCCAUCAGGGGCUCUCAUUCAUCUUCAAUAUCAUUCACACAGACUCAACUUUACAACACAUAAUCAUUUAAUUUCUCUUUUUCAGAUCAUCUGCAACUACCAUGAAGUCAUUUGUUCCGUUCCUCGUUCUUGUCCCUCUUGCCUCUGCGGCUCUCUCGUCCACAACUCAGAAUGAUGUCACCAACGGCAGCGGCUGCAAGGCCAUGACUGUUCUCUUUGCCCGCGGCACCACAGAGGGCGGCAACAUGGGUUCGGUCGCAGGGCCGCCGUUUGUCAGUGCCAUUGGCCAGAUGAUGGGUGGGGCGCAGAAUCUUGCCGUCCAGGGUAUCCAGUACCCUGCCGACAUUCCCGGAUUCCUGGCUGGUGGUGAUGCCGCAGGUAGCGCAUUGAUGGCCAAAAUGGUUGGUCAGGUCAUGGCUGCUUGCCCUAACACAGCCCUUGUCAUGGCUGGAUAUUCCCAGGGAGGACAACUCGUUCACAACGCGGCCACUAUGUUGACAGCCGACCAGUCUGCAUUUGUAAAGAGUGCGGUCAUCUUCGGAGAUCCAAACAACGGCGAUGCUGUUGGCAAUGUCGGCGCUGCCAACACCAAGGUCAUCUGCCACAAUGGUGACCUGAUCUGCGCUGGCCAGUCUGUCAUUCUUGCACCUCACUUGACAUACGGUCGUGAUGCAAAUACUGCCGCUGCAUUUGUUAUGUCGACCGCCGGCGCUGCUACGGCAGGUGCUGCUGCGGCUGCUGCCAAGGUUGUGGUCGGCAAGGUUGCGAAUGGCUUCUCUGCUUGAGCGUUUUGAGAACCGAG